AUGGGAAAUGAGGGUUGGCAAAAAAUUGUUGUGUUAAUAGUUGCAGAUGGUCUUAAUAAAAUCAAUAAAUGUACUCUUAAUGUCCUGAGUCUUAUGGGUUGUUAUCAAGAUGUAAUUAUACAAAAAUGUGUCAGAGGUAAACCUGUUACUGCACAUCUUUUUGAAUAUACUACACAAUUAAUAGUCGAUGAUGAUUUUAAUAUCCAAGAGAAUGACUCACCAGUGCAA